AUGCCGCCAAAGUUUGACCCAUCUCAGGUGGUCGACGUCUACGUGAGGGUAACCGGAGGGGAAGUUGGUGCUGCCAGUUCCCUUGCUCCCAAAAUCGGUCCUCUUGGUCUUUCUCCCAAGAAAAUAGGUGAAGAUAUCGCCAAGGAAACAGCUAAGGAUUGGAAGGGCCUCCGUGUUACCGUCAAGCUCACCGUCCAGAAUCGUCAAGCCAAGGUCUCCGUCGUGCCAUCUGCAGCUGCUUUGGUUAUCAAGGCGUUGAAGGAGCCGGAGAGAGACAGGAAGAAGACAAAGAACAUAAAGCAUAAUGGGAAUAUCUCUCUUGAUGAUGUGAUUGAGAUUGCUAAGGUUAUGAGGUCGAGAUCAAUGGCUAAGGAGCUGAGUGGUACUGUGAAGGAGAUUUUGGGAACUUGUGUUUCAGUUGGGUGUACGGUUGAUGGGAAAGAUCCAAAAGAUUUGCAGCAGGAGAUUACUGAUGGUGACGUUGUGAUUUCUGAAUGA